CAACAACUUAACAAAAAUCGAAUAAAGCAUAACCGUAUAUAUAUAUUAUACAUUACUAUACAUAUAUAUAACAUAAGUAACAUAAUGGACAUAACUCCGGGUCGUGCUCCUUUUACUGAAGAUGAAGAUUAUACACCGUUGCGCAAACCGAAAUCGGCCACAAAUACGCCAACACACGGUGCUUCUUCAUUUAAUUCACUAAAUGCAAGCACCUCCGAGGGCUAUGACCGUACUGUUUCUCCUUCUAAACUAUCUCCGUUCGCUAAAGAGUUUGUACCACGUUUUGGCGGCAAUGGCAGUAGUUCCGCAACUGGAACUCAGGAGCGGUUAGAACGCCAUCAGCAACAGUACAAUCAACAAACUUAUCAACAAUAUCAUCAGCAAUCAACGCGACCACAACGUUAUUCUAAUGGUUACCAACAGAAUCAUCAUCAUAACCACAAUCAACAGCAAUAUGGCCAUCAAAUCACUACCCUGACUGCAUCUGUACAAGAACGUUUGAAAAUUGGUUCCGGUAAUAGUGGGAACAAAAAUACUUCCAAUAACUAUUAUCACCAAAACCAACAGCAUCAUCCCAGGCAUAAUAAGCAUCAUAAUCAACAGUCCCACCAACACCAUAAUCAACAUCACGGUGGUCACGGCCGUUACCAACGACACAAUAAUGCAGGCGCAUCAACCUCAACUGCUGGCAGUGGAAAGACUAGUUCGGAUGUAGAAUCGAUUGCUCUUGAUUAUUUGCAGACCGUGAUUCAAUGUCUGAAUCAAAACCCCGGACAAUUUGACACAAUUGCUACACGUUUUCUUACAAUAUUUGAGGGCAUGGAAAACAAUCAAUAUGUCCUUUCGAAUGCCAUGGAAGACAUAUUUAAUGAAUCCAUACAGAAUGCAAACUUCCGCUACAUGGGUGCCAAACUCUAUAAUCUUCUUCAUAUGCUCAACUUAAAGAAAGACUCACUUUUCCAUACCUUGCUCAAAUGCAAGCUGGACUAUCACCAGCAAGAGGUUAUGCAAUACAUGCAGACCAAUCAGCAACAAAAAGUACGCGAAACAGCACUCUUCCUCGCUGAAUUGUACAUGCAGUUGCGAGGCGACGAUACACGUAUCCACCUAAUUGCAGCAAAUAUCGUUUAUUCACUUAAGCAACUACUCUCAAAGGAAUCCUCAGACAAUAUACGCUGCAUUUGUUUAACAUUGAAAUUAGCAGGCUAUGACUUGACUGCUGACUGCCCAACUGAAAUGCGUGAAAUUAUAGAACGUUUGGAUGCUCUGAAUGUCAAGUCCCCGGGAAAAUAUCCAUUAGCAGCAAAUGUUAUAUCCUUGCAGAAAAAUAAUUGGGGUCGAAAGGUAAAUUCGCCAACAGCCGAAGUAGAAGCUGCAGUUGCGAAAGCACCCGAACCUUUACGUAUGAGUGAUGAACCCAUUUUCUACGGUCCAGAUGGCCGUGAAUUGACGGCUGAAGAAACUGACUUUUUGACUGACGGAGCAGCAGCUCUACGUGGCAGUGGCUCUACAGAUGAAGACGGCGAAAUGGGCGAUCUCGAUAUUGAUCUUGACCCUGAAAUGGAUGAAGAAACUGAAAAAGCUUAUAAAGAAUUUUGUAAGCAAAAUGCAAGCACAUAGGUAAAGGUUAUUUCCGCCACAUUCAAAGUUUCAUCACAUUCACACAAACUAAAAUGAUUUGUACACAAACGUAUGAGCAUAGUACCCUGCCAAUGUAUUGUUAAGUGUCUAGCAAACUCCAAGGCAUUUUAUGUAAAGUUAAUGCUGUGAGAUUCUGGAAUUUUCGAUUAUAUUUUUUUAGGGGAUACUGUACAUUUAGGCUGAAAUUACAGUUGUCGCUGUGAUGCUAAAGCAAAAAAGUUAAUAAACAUAAAACAUAAUGUAUAACUAAUUUAGAAUUAAAAAAAAAAUGGGUUGGAAGAGUUAAUUUGGAGCGUGCAUAUAAUAGGAUAGUGAAGUAUCAUCCUUGUGUUUGUGUAAAGUAAACAGAACCGGUCUUAAUUGUGAUAUUAAAUGCAUAUAUUUUUUUGGCGGCUAAAUGUUUGCAUUGAUUCUCAAUUUUCUUUAGAAUUUGAUUAUUUUUAAAUUAAAGCAUAUAUUAUACUCUGACAUUGGGUGGAAGCCGAUUUGCGUGUAUUUUUUUGUUACAUUAAUUAAAUACUAAUGAGACUUUUCAAGUUUCUUCAAGUGUGUGUUGUACGAGUAAAUUGUCCAAAGUACUGUAAUAUUAGAUUUCUCAAGUAGAAAUUGAUUCCAAUAUUUUUGUUUUGUUUUCCCCCCUUUACAACCAAUCGAAUUCGAUUUACCUUGUUUUUCCUUUUUCAAAUUCUUAAUGAAAAGGGAAGAAAAAACUGCACUUUUAAUACCUCAAAAUUGUUGUAGACUGACGAAUGGGUGGCGAACGAUCAACUGUAAUUUCAGCGCUUUUAGUCUUCUUGAGCGUCAAAAACAUAUAGAGUUUAAAGAAUGUCAUUGUCUUUGUUCAGUCUAUGUAACAAUCGGUCUCCGCGCUUCCGCUUUUAGCCGAUGACCAGGAGCCUAUGUUCGUUAAUCGCCACGUCGUGAACAUGACUUAACAUAUUUUUUUAAAUAAGUAAUAUUUUCCAUUUGUUUCUGUAUUGUAUGUUCACACUAUUCUCUUAAAUUUUUAUAUAAGAAAUUUGCGCACUUUAUUUUA